UCCAGCUCAGACUUGCCGGAAUUCUAGCUUAUCCUGUAACAUCACACACUAUGAGCUGCAUUGAGCAUAAGGGCUACCAUGAUGAAGAAUUCAACCCUUGUCAUCUCUUUGAUACGUACGGUGGGAUUGAUAAAACCAUUUCCAAAGAAGAACUGGUGGAAAAUCCCCUGAAAUUUUUCUAUAACAUUUUCUCUUCAGGCUGUGUCAAAGGAGACAUGCUGUUCGAUAUCUCGGUUGGCUCGUCCGUGUAUUCAAACUUUGUUGCCGUUGAUUACUUCAAAAAUAUCAUAUUGCUGGAAUCUUCAGACUGCUGUAUAAAUGCCAAGGAGAAAUGGAUCAGGAACGAACCGGGAGCUGUAGAACAUUCCCACGUUGCAGAGUUUGUUUGCUUUCUAAAAGGACAGAGUACUGAAUGGAAGGAACAUGAAGAAAAAACCAGAAGGGCAAUCAAACAAGUGGUAAAAUGGGACAUCACCAAAGAAAACCCGCUAGGUGCAGUUGUGUUGCCCCAAGCAGAUUGUCUGACCAGCUGGUAUUAUUUGGAGGCCGUUAGCAAAGACCAAUACAUGUACAUAAACCUUCUAAAGAAAUUCUCAUCCCUUCUGAAGAUUGGAGGUCACCUGUUCCUGUUUGCAGCAAUCAACGUCAGUUAUUACACGAUCGGCCAACACAAGUUUGCUGCGCUGAAGUGCGAUGAAGAGUUUAUACGAAAGGCUAUUACUGAAGCUGGGUUUAUUAUUGAGAGCUCUCAAACACACAAGAGCAAUCUGAAAUCACAAAUGAUCGAUUAUGAAUCAGUUGCCUGUUUUGUGUGUCGUAAAGACAGGCUGGUUUAGCCACAGUUAGGCACAGUAAUCAUCAUGCAUUAUUAUCUGGUCUAUGUUUGAUGAGUGCCCUUGAUGUCUAAAAUAUAUCCUAAUCUACUGGGGUUAUGGGAAUAUUGCCAUUCAAAUAAAAUAGUCAUUAUGCUUGAAA